UGAAACAAACUCAAAUUUAAAUUGUUCGUUGUUUGCCAUCGAUGUUUAUCGAUAAGGCGCGCUCGUGCCAGCGUCGCUGCUCAUCGAUACACGUCGGCCAGACGCAGUCAUAGCGCACUCACUUGCCCAUCUCUAUCACAGCUGCUCCCUUCUUGGCUGGUGCUGGUUGGCGCAGCGUUCGGCGUUUUCAUUUAUAUUUGGGCGGCAGCAGCGGUGGCGGACAACCACAAAAACUACGAUGAGCGCUGUUCCGGGACGUGCCCUGCACUAUGUUUUCAAAAUUGGCGAUCGUGGCCAUAAUGCGUUCUUCUUCCGCAGCAUCCUAGGCAUGCAGGUUUUGCGUCACGAAGAAUUCAAGGAAGGGUGCAACGCGGAAUGCAAUGGACCUUACAACAAUCGCUGGAGCAAAACCAUGGUGGGCUAUGGCCCUGAAUCGUCGCACUUCGUCAUUGAAUUGACUUAUAACUAUGGCGUGAAAAGCUACGAACUGGGCAACGACUUCGGUGGAUUGACCAUCAGAUCCAGUGGUGUGCUGGCCCGUGCCGCUGAGCAUGAUUAUCCCUUGAAUAAGGAGGGCGACCUUAAUGUGCUAAGCUCCCCCGAUGGAUACAAGUUCUACAUUAUCGAUGAGGAGGAAGCCGAAGGCAAUGAUCCUGUGAAACAGGUGGCCCUAAAUGUGACUAAUUUGGAUGCCUCACGCAAGUAUUGGCAGGAGCUGCUGCAGAUGGAGCCACUGGAAGAAAACGGAGAUAAAAAUUCCUUGGUGCUACGCUAUGAUGGCCAAAAUGGAAAGCAGGCAGCAUUGUGCCUGCGGAAGAUUAAUGAGCCACUGAAUCGAGCUCAGGCCUACGGGCGCAUUGCAUUCGCGGUUCCUGGCAGUGUGCAGGAGCCUCUGCAUAAGGCGGUGAAAGCUGCAGGCGGUACGAUUCUGAAACCGCUUAUUACACUGGACACACCAGGCAAGGCUACGGUCUCCGUUCUCAUCUUGGCCGAUCCAGAUGGCCAUGAAAUAUGCUUCGUCGAUGAAGAGGGCUUUGGGGAAUUGUCACAGGUGGAGCCCGAUGGUGAGAAGCGCUUGGACAAAUACAUUGCCAAGGAUCCAUUCCAGAGUGAAGCCUACGGCAAUGUCGGGGAUAAGAAGAAAGAGAAGGAUAAUUCUGCGGAGGAGGAUGACGUCGAAUCGAAGGCGGAAGAGCAUUAACGAAUUAUCGAUAGGGAGCUCCAAUAGAGCAGUUAUGAUAGUACCUAGUAGACUCUUUUUUUUUAGAUUGAAAGCAAAUAUAUCUUUUGUAAUGAAACGCAA